AUGGCUUCUUUUCAAAAAGCCCUUGAAAAUCUCAAUGAGGGUACAAUAUGCAUCAGUGUGUGUGUCAGUGUAUGGCUGUUAUUAAUUGCCGCUAGAAUAGAUAAUGUCUUAAUAAUUCCUUAUUGGACAAUAUUUCUUCCACUUUGGUUAUGGAAAACAGUUGUUUUUGUUGGCUGGUUAGUUGGUGUAAUAGUAUGGUGUAAACAUUGCAGAAUUCACGUUGACGAUCCACAGCAUAGUACAUAUAUUGUUCGUGAUGAUCCUGCUCUACCGUACAUACAAGCAAUGUCUGUAUCAGCAUUUUUUCACUUUCUUAUUACAUGUUCUGAAGUGUUGUUAUGUAUCCAUUUGUCAACUGCAACAUCUAAUCUUACAUAUUUAACUAUUUUGUCUCCAUUACUAGUUGUUGGUGCAUUGGGUGUAUUUGGUUUUCUUUUUGUUAUGAUAGAUUCAAGAGCUACAUUCACAGCAAAUGCACGACGUCGAAGACAACAUCAUUCAAGAUCUUUAAAUAACAAUACUGGUAACACUACCAUUACUACUGCUAUCACUACCACUGUUAAUAAUAAUAAUAAUACCAUCAACAACAAUAAUAGCAACAAUAACAAUACUAUGAAUAAUAAUUCAGAUUCAUUUGUUUUCAUACCUCGAUCUCGUCAUGCAUGCUCUUUUACCUUAGAAUUAUGUAUUGCUGCUAAUUUAUUACAAUUGUUAUUCUUAAUUGCUAGACUUGACAAUUGGAUACGUUCAAAUUGGAUUGUCACUUUUAUUCCAUCAUUCAUAUUAUUAUCGAUGGGAUUUUUAUUUUGUUUCGCAGGUUUAACUAUUGCACUAAUUACAUACUUUACAGCCUUCUUUAUUCCUGUAGCUCAACGUAGAUUAUCUGUGUGUUACUAUGCUUCACAUUUACUAAUAGUUAUUUUCCUAUGUACUUCAUUAAUCCUGUUAGGCUUAAGAUUAGAUGGUUAUCUUUCUGCUUCAAAAAGUAGUGCAUUAUUAAUUUGUAUACCUGUAUUACUUAGUAUAUUCUUAUAUGCUUCAUUAUCAUCUGGUCCUGGUAAUCCAUGGUGGUUUGGUUUGAAUCGUAAUGUACUACUGGCAAUAUUUGAAUCUUGUCCAACUUUACAACUGUGCGCUAAUAAUCGUAUUAGUAAAACGAGUCUAUGGAGAUCCUCUCGAUAUCAUGAAGAUAAUAGUGAUAUAAAUAACACAGUAACGACAGAUUCAUAUAAUGGUAAUCCUGUUGGAGGUGAAAUUGUUCAACCUGCUAUAACUACUACUACUAAUCCACCUAACACUGUUGCAUGUGAAUUAUCCAAUUCACAUACCUUUAAAUCUUGUCCUAAUUCUUCAGUUGCUUGUUGUAGUUGGUGUUCAUCACCUUCAACCAGUAAGAAAAAUAUCCACUGGCAGAAUGUGAAUGUCUUGUCAGAAAUUUCUCAUUUUCACAACCCUUAUCAUAAUUCAGAUCAUUUACUUUAUCCAGAUUAA